AAAACAUACAUCAUACCCACCAGCCCGCCUUCCUUCUUCUACCCCACGAAAUACCACCCGACCUCCCGCCACGCCCACCAAACACACAAGCCAUCACGCCUCCGACGGUGACGACGACAACGACGACGACAACGACGACACCUCGAAUCCAGCUCUCGCCAUGCCCGCCACUACUGCGGAAACGCUCUCCCUGGUGAACCGCAGCGUCUCGGUUGCGCCGCUGGUUCUGCUCUCAGUUGUCGACCACUACAACCGUACCCAAGCCAACAAGUCCAAGAGCAAGCGUGUCGUCGGCGUGCUAUUAGGCCAGAAUGAUGGAAAGAAUGUUCGCGUGUCCAACAGUUUCGCGGUUCCCUUCGAGGAGGACGACAAGGACCCCUCAGUCUGGUUCCUUGACCACAACUACGUCGAGUCCAUGAACGACAUGUUCAAGAAGGUCAAUGCGCGCGAGAAGCUAAUAGGCUGGUACCAUUCCGGCCCCAAGCUACGGGCUUCCGAUCUCGACAUCAACGAGCUGUUCAAGCGCUACACUCCCAACCCGCUUCUGGUUAUUGUCGAUGUCCAGCCCAAGGAGACGGGCGUUCCUACAGAUGCCUACUUUGCCGUUGACGAGAUCAAGGAUGAUGGCACCACUACAUCCAAGACUUUUGUCCACACUCCCUCCAUUAUCGAGGCCGAAGAGGCCGAGGAAAUCGGCGUCGAGCACCUCCUUCGCGACAUCCGUGACGUAGCCGUCGGCACACUAUCCACCCGCAUCACCAACCAGAUGCGCUCGCUGCAAGGCCUCCACCACCGCCUCCGCGACAUCCAAGCAUAUCUCCAAAAGGUCCUUGACGGCCAGCUGCCCGUGAACCACGCUAUUCUCGGCAACCUCCAGGACGUCUUCAACUUGCUCCCCAACCUCUCGACGCCCAAGUCCGGCCCAGGCGCUACUGGAACCAACGCCGACAGCGAGCUCAACCACGCCAUGAGCAUCAAGACCAACGACCAGCUCAUGGCCAUCUACCUCAGCAGUCUGAUCCGCGCCAUCACUGCGUUCCACGACCUGAUUGAGAACAAGAUCCAGAACAGGCAGCAGCAGGAGGAGAACGACGCCAAGAAGAAGGAGGGAGAAAACGGCGAGAAGAAGGAGGGCGCCGACAAGAAGGAGGGUAGCCCGGCGGCGGCAAAUGGUGAAAGCAAGGAGAAGGAGAACAGCCCGAAAGAGAAGAAGAAAUAAGCGAGACAUGACAAAGUGAAAGAGGGAACAGGAAGGCGAGCAACGGGAUGGAUGACGGGGCGCAACGGACCCGGCCGUAGAUGAUACGAAAUCAAUCAAAUCAGCAUGAAUCACGUCUGUGUACGGAAUCAAACACAAGAGAGACACUUUCACACAUAGAAAGAGGGCUGCUCAAGGUCAAGGAUGGGAUCUUGAGCGAUUGUUUAAUAAUACUAUUUAACUGACAAGUUGGUUUGUUGACUGCGGUUCGCCAGUAACAGAGAAACUACCUAUCUAUAACA